AUGAGCAACGAGAAGUACCCGAACCCCAACCAGGGCUACGGCGCGAACCAGCAGCAGUAUCCGCAACCGAACUACCAGCCGCAGUACGGCGCGCCGUCCGGCUACCCCUCGGGAGGCCAGCAGCACUCCUACCCCACCAACAACGCCCCUGCGGGCUACCCAACUGGAAGCAACUAUGCCAACCACAACCAGACGGUCGAAGGCACGCCGGUCUACACGACCGCGCCGGUCCACGGCGGCGGGGAGACGGUCGUCAUCGUCCACGGAGGGCGCCAGCUUCCGCCAGGCUGCGACCCACACGGGCAUAUGGUGUCGUCGCCGACGUGCGGCCCGAUGACGGGGCUCUCCGCGAUCAUCCUCUUCUGCAUCUUCCCCCCGCUGGGCGUCCUCCCGCUCUGCUGCCCAUGCGACCAGGCGCACUACUGGCAGAAUCCGAACGGGUCGCGAAUCUACAUCGGCUGA